CCGGCCGGCAAACCACCCAACCCCACCGUUUUCUUCGCAAAAUAUCCACACAGCCGGUGGCCCUAAUCCUUUCAUCACUCUCUUAAUUUCACUCCAGAAAUCGACCGUCCAUCAGUCCUUUCCCCUUCACACCCUUUACAACCCUAAUUUAUUCUACAAUUUCCUCUAUAAUAAACCCUCUACCGGUCAUGGCGGCAACCAUUGAAGGCCAAGAUAGAGUUUUGGCUACGGCUCAGCAAAUCGUCAAGAGCCUCAACAUCAACACCAAGGCCACGGAGGAUAUGAUCUUGAUUCUCUCCAGUUUUGAUAAUCGUUUGUCUAACAUCACCGAUUUAAUGGAGGGCGGUGCCGCUGGUGAAGAAAUCGAUCAUCGGUUUCAAACUGCGGAGAAGGUUAUUCUGCGGCAUGAUUCUGGAGGUCUUGGUGAACCCUCGUCUAGGAACUCGUCGCCGUGGGAGGAGUCUCCUACAGAGGCUACUGAGUAUUUGGAAGCCGUUGAUACGAUUAUUAAAUAUACGGAAGACCUGAAUAUUCAAUCCGAUGGCGACACCGAGAUCAUGGAUCGAGCUGAGAACGCGCUCCAGUUGGCUAUGUCGAGGCUCGAGGAUGAGUUUCUCCAUAUUUUGAUCCGUAACACAGUCCCUCUCGACAUAGAUCGGCUCUAUGGAUCGAUCCGUAAGGGUUCGCUCUCCUUUGCGUCAAACGAAAUUGAAAUUGGAGAAGAUUUCGACAGCUUCCGAGAGGAGGAUCACGGAGGCAGCAGUGGGUAUCAUCACGAAAGAGGUCCGAGCUUAGGGGGCGAUGUUUUUGUGGAUUUGAUCCAUCCUGAAGCAAUUAAAGAGCUUAAGGCCAUCGCCGAUCGGAUGAUUAGGUCCGGCUAUGAAAAAGAGUGUUGUCAGGUUUACAGUAACGUUCGCCGGGAUGUACUGGACGAGUGUUUGUCCAUUCUCGGGGUAGAGAGGCUUAGUAUUGAGGAGGUACAGAGGAUUGAUUGGAAAAUUUUGGAUGAAAAAAUGAAGAAAUGGAUUCAAGCCGUUAAAAUUGUAGUCAAGGUUCUUCUGUUUGGGGAAAAACGCCUAUGCGAACAAGUCUUCAGUGAGUCCGAACUCAUCAAAGAAAUCAGCUUUGUUGAGACGACCAAAGGAUGUGUGAUGCAGCUGUUGAAUUUCGGGGAGGCCGUAGCCAUUGGGCAAAGAUCUUCAGAAAAGCUCUUUCGGAUUCUUGACAUGUAUGAGGUCGUUGCAGAUGUUUUGCCUGAUUUUGAAACCUUAUUCGCUGAUGAAUCUGGAGAUUUAGUUUGCAACGAGGUGAAGGGGGUUUUGAGUGGACUAGGUGAGGCAGCCAUUGGAACGUUUGUGGAACUUGAGAAUGCUGUGAAGAAUGAAAGUUCAAGAAGGGCUAUACUGGGUGGCGAUAUUCAUCCAUUAAGCCGUUAUGUGAUGAAUUAUAUCAAGUUAUUGGUUGAUUAUAGUGAUUCGUUGAAUGCUCUGUUGCCAAACAGUCAGGAUCUUGAUCGUGGUUCUUCAGAACUUGAUGAUAUUGACAGUGGUGAUACUUUGUCCCCUGUUUCAUGCCGCCUGCUGUCACUAAUUACUUCUUUGGAAUCAAAGCUGGAGGAGAAGUCAAGAUUGUAUGAUGAUAACGCAAUGCGAUACAUAUUCUUGAUGAAUAACAUCCUUUACAUUGUUCAGAAAGUAAAAGACUCUGAGCUCAGAAACCUUCUGGGUGACCGGUGGAUUCGCAAACAUCGUGGUCAGAUUCGUCAAUGGCACACAAGUUACCUCAGAGCGGCUUGGGGCAAGGCUUUGUUGUGUUUGAAGGAUGAAGGGAUUGGUGGGGGAUCAAGCAGUGCCUCCAAGUUGGUUCUUAAAGAAAGAUUCAAGAACUUCAACGCAUGUUUUGAAGAUAUUUACAGGAUACAAUCAAGUUGGAAGGUGGCUGAUGAUCAACUCCGAGAAGAACUUCGAAUAUCCAUAUCUGAGAAGGUGCUUCCAGCAUACCGUGCAUUUGUGGGGAGGUUUGGGGGUCAACUAGACAGUGGAAGACAUGCUGGGAAAUACGUCAAGUACAGCCCUGAUGAUUUAGAGAAUUACCUGUUGGAUUUAUUUGAAGGGCAAGCUGCUCAAUUGAACAACAUGAAAAGAAAAGGUACAUAGGAUGCAAGACUCUUUCUUAACAGGUUUGGGUUGAAGGUAGUGAACUGCUCACCUCAAUAUACUUUAAUAAUUUUGUACAUUUAUGGUAUGGUAGAUCCCCGCUAUAUGUAACUUAUAUAAUCGUUUCUUGCAUUCAUUAUGAAUGCAUCAGCUGUUGCACUGAGAUUCUGGUAUGAUAUAUUUGAUGGUCUCCUUGGUGUUUCUA